AUGAGGUUCUCAUCAAGAAAACAACCAAGUGUCAUGUUCCGGUGGUUCUGUUCUUGGACUGCUCUCAUCCUACCAAUAACUCUAAUAAUAUCAGUGGCACCAGCACACUCGCAACAAGAAGAAGAAUUCAAGACGACAAGAUCACUGCAAACGGCAGAAGAAGAGUUUGGAGAAAUGGAUGGACCAUGGCAAGACACAGAAGACAAAGAAGAACAACAGUCUUCCAUGACCAACUCGAGAAUACUACCCCUGGAUGACGACUCGAUUCUGACAGCCGUCCAUGAUUGGGUCACCAACAGCAAUUCCAACCCUCAAUACGACAGUCCUUAUGGACAUAUAUCCACCUGGGAUACCUCUGCCAUCACGGACAUGUCCCAUCUCUUUACUCAUGCUCGAUUUUUCGAUGCCGAUUUGAGUCACUGGAAUGUCAGUCAAGUCACAGACAUGUCCUACAUGUUUGCCUUUUGCAGUUCCUUCCAGUCUACCAAUACUAAUUUGCAACACUGGGAUACUUCCCACGUCCAAUCCAUGAAAUUCAUGUUUCAUCAAGCCACUCAGUUUACAGGCGAAGGAUUGCAGCAAUGGAAUGUGGCACGGGUCACCGACAUGACUUAUUUUGCGCAAGGCGCGUCAUCCCUUCAACCCAAUUUAUGGCACUGGGAUACCCGCAGUGUGCGCAGUUUCAAUCGCGCCUUUCACAAUGCUACCCAAUUCACCGGACCACUCUGUUGGCAGCUCCAUCCCCAAGCUGUCGCAAUGCAAACAUUUUGUGGAUCCAACGGUGCCCAUUUUACCUGCGAUCCAGGACACACGCUCGAUUCGGAAAUCAAUCGACAAUGGCAUGACUGUUGUGACUGUGGCGAUUACGAUCACACAUUGUACGAUAAUUAUCAUUACAGUGAUGGAUCUUCCUCCUCUUUUUGGGAUGAUACCGACAAUGUACAUGAUCGACCGGAUAAUAAUAGUGAAGCGACAACAACCAACAACAAUCAAAAGAUGGGUGUCAUUUUGGCGUCGUGCAUUUGGGCCAUGGUCAUUGUCAUGAUGGUCGUCGUGGGCGCUGUCAUGAUCAAACGACGACACGUCUUGCGGCGUUUCUUCUUCCGCGACCACCACAAAAACCAUCAUGCGGAUAGCAUGACAUCAUCCGAUGGAACCGCCGCCGCCAUUGCCACGCUCGUCGGGCAUCGAGAAGAUACACUGCCGGCCACAACAAUAACAACACCCGACAAUACGGAGGACAACAUUCCCAUGGUCAUGGCCACGACAACGGAUCAGACUAUUCCACCAGAUCUUCUUCUGCUUCCAACCACAACCGAAGCCUUUCCAACACCCUGGAACACUGCCACUCACGUCGAUUUGUUGUCUGCACAACCCGCAAACGUCGUCACAGUAUACGACAGCACGCCUACAAACACUGCCGCAACAACAACUGCUACAAUGGCAGCAGCGGUGGAUUCACAUCACGGACCACAGCCUCCAAUGACGCAAAUACAACACCAACCGCAGCAACCACCUGUUUGA